GAUUCCUUAAGUGAUAUUUGUAAUAGUCUUUUUAAGUAAUGGUAAGUUUGUUUUUCUCCGCAAAAAAAAAAAGAAAACAAAAGUGUAUCUUAAUGUAGUCAUGUUUCAAAUAAAAGAAAACAUAAUGAUAAUGAGGGGCUAAGAUUAUAUAAUAUUGUUGAAGGAGUAAAGGUUGAAUUUGGGAAGGAGGAGAGAUCCCAGUCGAGAGGAGUAUAUCUGAGCUGUUGGGCAACUCAACAAACACCGCCUGUUGGUAUAAAGGAUUAAAGUAAAGCUGAAUAAAGUGAAAAUUUUGAAAUUCUACGGAAUCAAUGGCGGAAAAUUCAGAAACCCAAAAUUCUACUGGACCGUUACCAAAGAACGAUGGCGAAUUCGAUCCAAAAACUAUGCGGAAAACUAAACCAGGUAUCAAGCGUUUGAUUAUGAUCCUAACAGUUGUUUCUUCAUUCGUCCUAGGAUUUCCAUUUCUACUCAAAACAAUCGAGAUUUAUCGUUCUCCAUUACCAUUUCAUGACAUCGAUUCAUUAUCAAGCACUCUGCAGUCAAAUCCAUUACACAUUCCAUGUAGAUUUCAAAUUAUUUAUUUAGGUUUCGAUGCGGAAAAAAAACUAGAUACCCAGAAAUUAGGGUUUAUGAUUAAUGAGCAAAUGAAGAAAUUAACUGGGGGCAAUCCAGUUUGUGGUGGUUGUGGGAAAGACUAUACUGUUUCAGUUACAGUCGAUUCUGGUAAUGUGUGUAAUCAGAAUUUGGAUGGUGGAGAUUCGUGUUUAUGGUGUUGUGGGACGAUAGAUUCAUCUGUUAAUUUGAACGGUAAUGAUGAGGGAAUUGAUGAAAUGUUUCGUUCAGUUCUGAGUAGAAAUGAGAAUUGUCAGAGUUCUGGUGGAAAGGUUUAUAGUGUUGUGGUAAUGAACAAGGACAAUGAUGAUCUUGAUGGGGUUAGAGUUGUGGUUGGGAAAUAUCGACAUGCUUGGUUGGUUGGGAAAGUUGAAGAAAUGGGUGCAGUUUCUAGUAUUGCCAAUGUUUUUGUGAAGUUUUUUAUGAAUGGUGGGAAGGAAGAGGGGAUCUCGAAAAAUGAGUUUAUGCCUGUGGGUGCUGAUGGAAGGGUUGUUCUUUCAUUUAGUCUUUUGAAUGCUAAUCCCCAAGAUUGGAUUUAUGACUGGGAUUUUCGAAAAAUAGAUGAAGACCUGUUGGCCCCUGUGGUGGAGGCUUUGGCACCUAUUGCGAACUUAACUGUAGAAAGUCAGGUUCUAUACCACACACCAAAGUCAUCAUUUUCUAAUUGGGACGCAAAGUUGUCCAGCUAUGUCUUUAGAACUAAGGACCUUCCCUUCUUUGUUAAUUCAAAUGAAUGGCACCUAGAUACUUCUAUUGCGGCUGGUGGACGGUCAAAGGUUUUGCAAUUUGUGGUAUAUAUACCAUCCGCUGAAGAAUGUCCGCUCCGGUUACAACUUCCAUCAGGCAAAGUUUCCACAACAAAUGGAUUUAUAUCCCCUAUGUGGGGUGGUGUUAUUGUUUGGAAUCCCCCAAGAUGCUUCAGGAGAUCCGAUAGUACUCAGCCCCAGAAGCAUACAUUGACCUCUGAGGAUCUCGAGGAACUCCUCGAGGUUUCCUUGGGGCAGCUUCGGCAACUUUUUGGUCUGACAUCCAACAAUCUUUAUGCUGGUGAAUCAGGCAUGUCUAAUAUUUUAUCCAGUGAAAGAGGCUUUACGGAUUGGGAGUUGGACGCAUUGUCUAGGCAGCAUACUUGUUUCAAUCUUCAUUCUUGUGCCACAACUCUUGGAUCUCUUUCCAGAUUGGUUCAGUCACUUCCAAGGAUGAUAAUUAAGGAUGAAAUUGGGAAACAGGUGAAGUUUUCACUUGAAGCUGCAAAUCUGGCUCAAACAAAUGCCUCUCAUGGAAUAUAUGAAGCUUCGGCUGUCUCUUCAAGACAAGCAAGGGCUUUGGCAGAGGAUGCAUUCUUUCAUCCAUCGAUCAUGUCAAUCAGUUACUACUCCUUUGAGCAUUGCUUUGCUGUUUACACGCCUUUCUUUGUACCUGUUGCUCUACACGUCCUCCUUGCAUCAGCUAAAGAAUGGAGACGGUAUAAACAAGAGCGCACAAAGUAUUUCACGUGGAUCUUCAAGAUAAAAGCACAAUAACUGCGUAUUUGAUGAUUUCCCGUGUUCUCUCGAGGAAAAAACAAAAGACACUGCAAAUUGAUAAGAUAUCCAUGACCAUCUGUAUUAUUCUUGAAAACAUUCACGUCAUCAGCUUGGGCCGUGCAGGUUCAGAAGCCGGCGUUGUUUCGUUCUAUAAUCGAGGUUCAGGUUCUGCAGUUAAAGCCACAUCUACUGAUUAAAGGUGUUUCUCUGAAACAGGUUCUUUUUUAUCUCAGUGUAAUCUAGUUUUCUGUGUACUAGAGAUCAUAUAUAGGAAGUCUGUGAAUUAUUGAAAAACACUGGGAGACAAUUUCUUCUUAGAUGUUUCUAAUGUAAACGAAUUGCUCAGUUUUUACUUAUACCAAAACUGCUUCCUA